AAGCUCUGUGACUACUUUUAACUGUUAAUUUUCAAUGUAAAUGUUUAUUGCUAUUAUUGUGUGUCGCUUUGGACAAAACUUCCAACAAAGCAUCUUCAACAUUUUAAUACAAAGUAGUUUGUGUCAUAAAACAGUAGCCAAGAAAGUGUAUGCAAAGUUUAGGAUGAAAUGUUUGUACAUCUUAUUCUUUGCAUCACACAUUUCAUCCUGUUUUGCAUAUACUUUGAAUUAGUUGAGAUCUCUUCUGGUUCUGGAGUUUUGAAGAAACUUUCCUUCCACAUGCUACUGAUAACACACAAUACAUUUUGUAUGUUUUUCAUAAGAGCAGCAAAUGACAAUAAUGUGGGCAGUGUGUGGAUAUAACGUUUGGUUAGUGUAAAGCUCUGUUGCUGUAGCUGUGUCACUAGGAGUCACCACAAGAGGGAGGGACUUAGCAGAAGGACAAUACUGGUGUUUAUGCAAUGGCCCCUGAGUGGCGGCUGGCUCUCGCAGAUUGCUUUCGCUUGACUACGGUUGCUGCACACAUUGUUGAAAUGAAGGGAAAGUGGACAGCUACAUCCAUUUUGUGAGCUAUACAAAAGGUGGAUGGCUGUGAAUGGAGCAGAGCUGAAAGAAGAUUUCAAAGAGAGGCUCAGUGAAAGGCAUGUGCAGAAUGUGACUGGGCACCAGAAAGAAAGAGUGAGAGGAGUGGAGAGAGGAUUAGCGAAAUAGAAGAGGAUGCAGAAGAGGAAAAGAGGUUGAGGUACAUACAUUAAGACAAGAAAAUGACAUGUUUUGAUGGUGGAUGUCAAAGGCAGUGAAUGGGAGCUGAUAAGCCCCUCAUCUUUCAGCUUGCUCCUUCAAGUUCUAGGGGCAAGUGGGCCUAGGUGGUGACACUUUGAAUUAAACGUCUGUGUGAGGAAUACUGGGUUGAGAAAAUUGCAAUUGUGAAUCCAAAAGCAAAAGAAGAGACCACUGGAUACUCUUUGUGAAAAUGACUGACCAUAAAGUCAGCCUUCCUGCUAAGCUGAUUAAUGGGGGAGUGGCAGGUCUAGUGGGCGUGACCUGUGUUUUUCCUAUUGAUCUUGCCAAGACUCGCCUCCAAAACCAGCAGGGGGCCCGUAUCUAUAGUGGGAUGCUGGACUGUUUGGUGAAGACUGUUAGAACAGAGGGUUACUUUGGGAUGUAUCGAGGUGCAGCAGUGAAUCUCACCCUUGUAACUCCAGAGAAGGCCAUCAAACUUGCUGCAAAUGACAUCUUCAGGCAGAAGCUUUCUAAAGAUGGAAAGCUGCCUCUUUGGGGAGAAAUUCUGGCUGGAUGUGGGGCAGGAACCUGCCAGGUGGUGGUGACAACACCAAUGGAGAUGCUGAAGAUCCAGUUGCAAGAUGCAGGCAGGUUGGCUGCACAGAAGUCAGCCACAACACCUACUGCUACUCCAGAGCCAGCUCCAUCACUAGUGGCACCACAGGCAUCCCAGUCUACCCCUAGGCCACGGCCCUCUGCCACUAACAUCACCCUGGAGCUUCUGAGGACUCGAGGCUUGGCUGGGCUUUACAGAGGAGCGGGGGCCACUCUACUCAGGGAUGUCCCCUUCUCAAUGAUCUACUUUCCACUGUUUGCCAACCUAAAUACGCUGGGCCGAAGUGAUCCAGGUUGCCCGGGAGAUGAACUAAAGCGAGCCCCCUUCCUGCACUCCUUCAUGUCAGGCUGCAUCGCUGGAUCAGUCGCAGCUGUGGCAGUCACGCCAUUAGAUGUUAUUAAAACUCGUCUACAGACCUUGCAAAAGGGUGAAGGAGAGGACUCUUACCGUGGCAUUCUAGACUGCAUACGACUUCCUGUGGAAAGGGUUUGAGCAGCCAUGAUUAAAAGAGAGAGGAAACCCACCAAACCACUGUAGUGCCAAGGCACCCACAGGGAUCAACAAUGCCAAGAGGAGAGGAGGACAUAAGGAAGAGAGUAGUGACAGCCCAUCAGUCUGGGGAAAGCUACAAGACCCUCUAUAAAAGAUCCCAGCACCAUUUAUCCAAUGUAUUUGCAAAUGGAGGGCAUUCAACAUCACAGCAACAUUUCCUAGAAGUGGAUGCCUAUCAAAAGUAUGACCAAGAUGCACCAGAAAGAUGAUAAAUUGGGUAAGAGCCAACCCACACAUCACCUCUAAAGAGUUACAGAUCACAAUGGCAGCAUCUGGAAUAAAUCUACAUGCAUCUACAAUCAGACGAAACUGGAAAAGACACAAUGUUCAUGGGAGGGUUGCUAGAAGGAAGCCUCGGCUCUCAAGAAAGAACAAAACUGACCGAUUCAACUUUCAGAGGCCUUCUGGAAGUCCAUUCUCUGGUAAUAGAUUUUACAACAAGACAAAGACCAUAUAACCAUGACCAAGGAAUGGCUUAAGAUGAAGAAAAUGCAUACUCUGGAUUGGCCUAGUCAAAGUCCAGACCUCAAUUCAAUAGAAAAUGUUUUGGCUAGAUCUGAAGUGGACAGUACAUGCCAAUUGACCCUCCAACCUCUCUUAACUGGCUUAGUUCAGCAAGGAGGAGUAGGCAAAAAUCCCCAGAACUAGAUGUGAGCCACUGAUUAAUGGGUACAAAAGAGGUUUGGUUGAAGUAGUGGUUGCAAAAGGAGGUGCCACAAGAAAUGAACUACAGGGGCUCACAUAUAUUUAGAUUUUUUGGUAAAAAAAACAACUGACCAUGUCUAAGGGUUCUCUUUCAAGCAGCACUGUAUAUGUGGCCUCUG